UUUUUUUUUUUUUUUUUUUUCUCACCGCACACAAUCAAACACAGAAGAAAGAAGAUGUUAGCCAUGUCAGUUCAACCAAGCAUCAAGACCACCUCGCCAUACCCCUUUUCCAACGUUCCCAAGCAAAUCUAUUGUUCGAACUUCAAAUCCGUAGCUUUUCCGAAACAGAAGCCUUUUGAUUUGGGUACAUUAUCCAAUCCCGACCUCAAAUCCAAACACGCGAUUGGAAGAAUUCGGAAAAAGCAGUCUGCGUCGGCCGCCGCGGAAUUAGCUCCACUGGAAACAACUUCAGAAAAUUCCGACACUGAACUUGCCGAGGAACCUCAGUUUAUUUUGUUGUAUGAUUUAUACAUGGAAAAUGCCUGCUUUGGUAUGCGAUUGCUGAUUAGCUGCUUUUUCUGGCCGUUUACUAUGGUGGAAGAAGAAGAGGUGAAAUCAUUUCCAAAACCAAGGAUAGUGCUCAAGUUCAUAUGGAUGGACAAGAACAUCGGGCUUGGGCUGGACCAGUUAAUACCGGGCUACGGCACAGUUCCCAUGAGCCCGUACUUCUUCUGGCCCAGAAAAGAUGCAUGGGAGGAGCUUAAGACUGCACUGGAGAGCAAGCCAUGGAUAUCCCAGAAGAAGAUGAUCAUACUUCUUAAUCAGGCCACUGAUAUUAUCAACCUCUGGCAACAAAGUGGGGGCAAUUUGUCAUAAAUCAUUUGUAACCUAGUAAAAAAACAUGCGACAUUUUCUUGUUUUGGCUUUGUUGUAAUGUUGGAUUUGGGCUCUUGAUUUGGAUUAAAAAUGUCAUACACUUUCAAACACUGAGUCAUGUCUUUGAGUUUUGAGAUUAUAUUGGAUUUUUUUUUUUUUUUCCCNUCCCUGUAAAUGGAUGGGACAUCUAGAGUAGUUUGUGUCUGUCUGUGCUUGUCCAAGUCUUAAAUCUUCAAUGAAAGUGUUCGGUGAGUAUUUAGUGAGCUUAUAAGCUUCUUAUAUUCA